AUGUACGAGAAACAACAACUCAACGGAGCCUACUACGGCCCUUCCAUCCCACCCCCAAGAUCCCACUACCGCCCAUCCCGCAGCGGCGGUUUUGACUGCUGCUGCGGCUGUCUCUUCAACCUCAUCUUCAAACUAAUCCUCACCGUCAUAAUAAUCAUCGGAAUCGCCAUCUUCCUUUUCUGGCUCAUCGUUCGUCCCAACGUAGUCAAAGUCCACGUCACCGACGCUUCCCUCACACAAUUCAACUUCACAACCAACAACAACCUCAACUAUGAUCUCUCUCUCAACAUGACAAUCCGCAACCCGAACAAAAGACUUGGUAUCUAUUACGACUACAUCGAAGCUAGAGCGUUGUACCAUGAUGCUAGAGUUGACUCUGUUUUUCUUGAUCCGUUUUAUCAAGGACACAAAACAACUAACUUGCUCAACCCUUCGUUUAAGGGUUCGAAAGUGGUGGUUCUUCACGGUGAUCAGAGUUUGGAUUUUAGUAAGGAGAAGGAUUCCAAGGUUUAUGAGAUUGAUGUGAAGAUUUAUCUUAGGAUUAGGUUUAAGCUGGGAGUGCUUAAGACAAGGACGAUUAAGCCGAAGAUUACUUGUGAGUUGCGUGUUCCUUUGAAAUCUGGCGGCGGCGGUUCGACGGUGGACGGUGGGUUUCAGACCACCAAGUGUGACUGGGAUCGUUGA